AUGGGGCUCAAGGAUCUUCGUCUUAAGCUCAAGGCAACUAGGCUAAGAAGAUUUCUCAUUGGUAAUGGAGGAAGUAAAGAAAGAAAAUCAGAUAAUGGAGAAGUUAGGCCUCCAUGGAUGAUGCGUGUAUCACAUGGAUAUCGUGUUGUUGAAGAUAGAUCAUGGACAUGGGGUGGUACACCGAGUCGUAGCGUGACAAAAUUUGACUCAGUCGUGGUCCAAAGAGAACAGAUAGAACAGUGUGAAUUGUGGCUCUUUGGAGUUUUCGAAGAAGGUAUUAGCGACGGGGUUCUCGACUACAUGAAAACAAAUUUCUUUAACAAGAAGCUCAAAGAGUUAAAUCUGUGGAAAAGGAGCAAGGAAGCAAUGAGAAGGGCACAUCUGAGUGCAAGAGCACAGAUGAGAGACAGACAGAAGCCAGCGGCUGGGGCGGCCGGGGCAGAGGCACAGAAGCCGGGCUCGGCUUCAGCUAUUGUGAUCAAUGGGGAGAAGCUUGUGACUGCAAACAUGGGGGAGUACAGAGCUAUUGUAUGUAGAGACGGGAAGGCUUAUCAAAUUAGCAGAAAGCAGCAACAUUCUACCAGAAAACACUGGUCUCGGAAGCUCAUUCCAGGUGCUCUACGUAUGCCUAAAGUAUGCGUAAGUGGUGGGGGAACAAGGAACUCAAAAAGCUCAGAAUUAGUUGUUGGGUCUGAAAGGAUAGAUUCUGAAACUGAAUUUGUUAUCCUAGCAAGUACUGGCAUUUGGGAGGUUAUGAAGAACCAAGAGGCUGUAAAUCUGAUUAGCCACAUAGAAGACCCUCAAGAAGCUGCAGAAUGCUUAGCAAAUGAGGCUUUGACAAGAAUGAGCAAGACCACUAUCUCUUGCUUAAUCAUCCGCUUUGACUGA